AUGGAAUGGGAUAAACUCUGGACCAUUAAUAAGAAGAUCAUCGAUCCUGUGUGCCCCAGGCAUACUGCUGUCAUUGAAGAAAGGCGUGUGCUGUUGACCCUGACAAAUGGUCCCGAGGAACCAUUUACCCGCAUCGUACCUAGGCAUAAGAAAUAUGAAGGUGCUGGGGAGAAGUGUACGACAUUCAUAAAGACGAUAUGGAUUGAGCAUGCUGAUGCCGAAUCCAUCUCAGUAGAUGAGAAAAUAACCUUAAUGGAUUGGGGAAAUGCCAUAGUAAAGAAAAUAGAGAAGGGGCAAGAUGGGAUCAUCACACAGUACUUGACUGGGGUUUAG